AUGCUGCAAAGGAGAUUUCCCAAAUGGUUUCCUCCGUUGGAGAUGUUCCAUGGUGUCCAUGUGGAUGAUCUCAGUCCUGUUUUACCCAAGAUGGGGGAAAGAUGGGCCUGUUUUCCCCAUCUUGGGAAAAAAACAGGUGGAUCCAGGAUGUGCAGAAGAGUCAGGGGCUUGCCUGGAGUCACAGCCCUGGGUGCAUCUGAUGAAGGAAUGCCAGCAGGAAAAUGCUGAAGGACUGUCUCAAACUCCCCUCAGAGACAUGUCUGUCCACCCAGGGUCCACCAACAUUCACCCCAAACCUGUAGGGGACUUUUUGGGAGUGUUAUCCCUUUAUCAGUCUGUGCCAUGGGCUUUUCUCUCUCAAGUGCUCUUAUUUUCCUGUCACCUGUGAUAGCUAUCAGGAAUAAUUCAUUAUAUUUGCAAGGCGCUUGCCUAUCAUCACACAGAGGCUGGAGCCUUGUGUGGGUGACGAAAAGGGAGUGAGGAUGUGUGACCCAGGCCUCACCCAGGAUUUUCAGCCAGGAAUCUUUCCCCUGUGCCCUGUUCCAGCUUUGACAUUGCCCUGCUGCGCCUCGACUCUCCUGCCAACGCCAACGGGUUCGUCGAGCUGGGAGCGCUCCCACCCAAGGGAGAAGUUUUGCCCGAUGGUUAUCCCUGCUACAUUACAGGCUGGGGAGUGGUCAGUGGUGAGUAAGGGGGGAGGAGGAGUGUCCACCAUGAAGAUAAAGCUGCUUCCUCAGCCCCUGGAGCUGCUGGGCUGAGGUGUCCCCUGUCUCGUGUCCCCUCUCUGGUGUAGCAGGCGGUGGCAGCGCGGACAGGCUGCAGGAGGUGAUGCUGCCGGUGGUGGGCCAGGAGAUCUGCUCCCAGGAGGACUGGUGGGGCUCCCAGGCAAAGGACACCAUGCUCUGUGCAGGUGGAGAUGGCCUGAGGGCAGGAUGCAGUGGGGACUCUGGGGGCCCUCUCAACUGCUACAGGGAUGACCACUGGGAAGUCCAUGGGAUUGUGAGUUUUGGGUUGGUUCCCUACUGUAACACCUACCAGAAGCCCACAGUCUUCACACGAGUGUCAGCCUACGUGGACUGGAUCUACAGUACUAUGGAGAAUAAUGGAGGCUUCUAGAGAAGGAUCACUUGGUGCAUGAAUAUAUGAGAUUAAAUUAGGUACCUCUGCUCUUUAAC